UCUUCUAUACUUGUCGUGAAUCAGGCAGAAAGAAAUAAUGAUAGGCUGGUGAAUGGUGGGCCUGAAUUAUAGGGCUGAGAAUCCUGGAAAUGUCCACUCUUGGCUUGUGCUGAUCGUCCCUAUCGACAUCAUCACAAUGACGCGUACUGAAAGGGACAAUCGAGAGAAUCCAUCAGAAUCCUAGCUAAUCCCCUCUGUUACAUCAAACCGGGAAUAUUAGCAAGAAAAUCCACCAGAGGCACCAAUCAUGGAUUAACUCUAUCUUCUUGAGCAACUGAGUUCUACUAUGACCGCAUGCGGAAUGACUGUCGGGAGUCAACCCAUCAUGGAUCCAUCGGCCAUCGUCCCUUGCUGCCUCCAUACUUGGCUUGGCUACAUGUGACUGGUGCGACAUGAAUUGAUCUUCUUUCCGUUCUCUAUUUUCUUCGUCUCUCCCCUCAGUCACUACUUAUUCCCCCUUCAAAGUUAUGCCAUCAUGAGUGGGCAGGCUGCGAGUUACUACAAUCCCAGCCAGUCGUAUGGCGAUCCCCAGCCGGGGAUUCAAAAUCACCAGCAACAGCCCUACCAGUACAACAAUAAUGUGAACAAUAAUGGGUACGACCCAAACUAUCAACGCGGACCUGAGCCCAAGCCUCCAACAGAGCCACCACCAACGUACAAUCAGGCCGUCUACGGGUUUGACGACGCGUUCAAGAUCGAGCGACCCAAGUACAACGAUAUCUGGGCCGGUCUACUCUUUAUCGCCGUCUUCCUGGGGUAUGUCGCGGUCUCUGGCGUGACCAUCCAUCGGUACGCCAAAUACAAAGGCUUCAACGGUGACGGCAUCUACGACUCGUCCAACAGUUUUUCUCUCGACACGAAUACGCUGGUUCUGUUCAUUUUCGUGCUCUGUGUGGCGCUCGCUCUUUCGUAUGCGUACUUUCUUGGGGCGCGCUACUUCUCGAAACUGUUCAUCUGGGUUACUGGCAUCCUGAAUAUCGUGUUUGCGCUGGCGACGGGCAUUUACUAUAUCGCGCGGAAACAGUACGGCGGAGGCAUCGUGUUCCUCCUCUUUGGCGUCUUUGCGAUCGUCUGCUUCAUCAGCUGGAUCCCGCGUAUCCCGUUCAGCGCAUUCAUGCUCCAGACGUCCAUUGACGUGUCUCGGAAGUACGGCCAUGUGUUUAUCGUGAGCAUGAUUGGUGGUCUCGUGGCUGUAGCAUUCGCUGCGUGGUUUUCCGUCACCCUGGUCUCGAUCUAUGUGGCAUAUGAGCCGAGCAGCUCCGGCACCAAUCCAUCCUGCAGCGACGGCGGGUGUAGCAGAGCCCGCGUCAUCGGGCUGGUCGUAUACGUCACGUUCGCCAUGUAUUGGUUCAGUGAGUGGUUGAAGAAUACGAUUCAUACCACCAUUGCCGGGGUCUACGGGUCCUGGUACUUCUGGGGCCAGUCGCCGAACGGCAUGCCAAAGGGAGCAACACGGGGCGCAUUCAGGCGCGCAACUACAUACUCGUUCGGCAGCAUCAGUUUCGGAAGUUUGAUCAUCGCGGUUAUCAACAUGCUGCGGCAGGCGUGCUCUGUCGCGCAGCGCAACGAGGCUGCACAGGGGAGUAUUGUGGGGAGCAUCAUGUUUUGGAUUCUCGGGUGCUUCAUCGCCAUCCUCGACUGGCUUGUCACGCUUUUCAACCGCUACGCUUUCUGUCAUAUCGCCCUGUACGGGAAGGCAUAUAUCCCCGCGGCAAAGGAUACGUGGACCAUGAUGCGUGACCGCGGCAUCGACGCGCUCGUCAACGACUGUCUCAUCGGGCCUGUGAUCACCAUGGGCUCGGUUUUUGUUUCGUACGUCUGCGCCCUGCUGGCGUACCUGUAUCUGCAGUUCACUAAGCCGAGCUACAACGCUGAUGGAAACUUUACGGCUGUCAUCAUGGCCUUCGCCUUCGUCAUCGGCCUGCAGAUCUGCCAGAUUUUCAUGACUCCCGUCAGCAGCGGGAUUGAAACCAUCUUCGUGGCCAUGGGCUGGGAUCCGCAGGUCAUGAUCCGCGAUCACCCGGAUCUGUACUAUCGGAUGGUACAGGUAUAUCCGCGCGUGCAGCAGGCGAUCCAGCCGUCUGCCUAGUCCUAAAUAAUAAUAGUCAUGCAGUUUGCAUCUGUACUUAAUUCAUUUCAUACCAUGUCGUCUACCGAAGUAACUAUCUCAUCGAGUAUC